GCGUUAAAUCCACACGAGAGGAGGGAGACACGGUCAUCUGUCAGCGCCGUUUGAAGGAAAGAAUUAAAGCAGAAUAAGGUCCAUACUGCCUUCACGUUAUCUGAACACAAACCACAGCAUGUCUUUCUGUCAGUUUUUCGGCGGAGAGGUCUACAAGGAUCAUUUCAAACCAGGUAUGUAUGUGUGCUCCAAGUGUAACCAUCCCCUGUUCUCCAGUCGAUCAAAGUUCGCCCACUCGUCUCCCUGGCCGGCUUUCACUGACACCAUCAGAGAGGACAGCGUCACCAAGAUGAUGGAGACGCUCACUGCAUUCAAGGUUCUGUGUGGGAAAUGUGGCAACGGGCUGGGACAUGAGUUUGUAAACGACGGCCCGGAGGAAGGAGUGUCGCGCUUUUGAAUAUUCAGCAACUCGCUCAAGUUUGUCCCCACCAAAGGCAAGGACAAGCAGUAAAGAGCGAGGUCUUGAGUUUUUCUGCUGCUCCAGUAUCUGCUGCUCGGUCCAGGAUGAGUGCACAGGUCAGGUCAGUGUGUGACGUGGACAGGAGAAAAGGCCUGAGAGGGAUAUCCUGUCUGCUGAAGGAUCUUUGACCAGCCUGUGACACAGUGAAAGGACCACACCACACUCUCUCUCUCUCUCUCUCUCUCGCUCUCUCUCUAUCUCUUUCUCUCUCUCUCUCUCUCUCUCUGCAAAUCCUUCACCAGAAACAAGUUACAUUCCUAAAUACCUCAUAUUUAGAUUUAUAUGAACUUCUCCUGCAAAAUUUCUCUCAACAAAGAAUAUCAGUACAUUUAUUAGAUCUUAAAAGAUGCAUCAACGUUUUCUUUCAGUGUUCACUUACCAUUUAUUGCUGCUGUCUUUUUCCUAAUGAUUACAAUAAUUACAUUGACUUGUCAGUAUCUUUCACUCCCAUCAAAUUCCUAAGAGUUAUUGUAACCAUGUUAUCUAUGCACUGAAUAGGACUGCCUGCUAUUUUUGGAUUUAUACAAAUGUAUAUUCAUGAGUAUGCAAUAACACAAAAAAAGUGUUUAUUUAACUUCCUGUAUGUCAUGUACUGUUAGCCAAAUUACUUGAAUGGAUGCUUUUUGACUGUGUCUCUGAGGACUUUUGUGUAUUUGUCAUUUCUGAGUGUAGAGCUUAUUGUGGUAAAAAAAAAAAAAAAAAGGAUUUUGAUUUAUUGUCCAUUGUAACUGUACAGAUACAACUUUAGAAGACAAAACAAAUAAAACAAAUAGUUUAGUAGAUUUU